AUGCCGCCCCGCGCGCUGGCGCUGCUGGGCGCCCCGGCGCUGUGGCGGGCGGCCUGCGGCACGGCCGACGGCGGCGGCGGCGGCCCCGCGGAGGACAACUCCACCUCGGGGAGGUGCGGGACGCACGUCUGCGGCCCAGCGCGCUGCGGGCCGCAGCCCUGCCAGGGCGCCUUCGUGCUGGAUGGCGACGCGCACGGCUUGCCGUACGACGGGCACGGUGGCGUGUCGGUGGGGGGCUCCUCCCGGCUGCUGCACGACUACCCCGAGCCCCAGCGGAGCGAGGUGCUCGAUUACCUCUUCCUGCCGGGUUUGGGCGCGUCGCUGCAUGCGCUGAAGGUGGAGGUCGGCGGCGAUUCGCGGUCGGGCCCCGGCACGGAGCCCAGCCACAUCGCCUGGAGCAGUCCUAACACUGGCGAGCAAACGGGCAAACUCCUCGGUGCUUUCGAGCUCUGGGGGCGCGACUGGACGCUGGUCAAAAUCUCCGAGAGGCUCACCUGCGGGGCAGUGGGCGACUUGAUCGGAGCGUCCGUGCGAAUGCUGAUCGUCUUCGCCAUGUCCGAGGCGAAGUACUGGUAUGCUGAAUCUAGGGCCAGCAAGCGGGCCUCAAUCCCAGACUCUCGAUCAAUAACCUGGUCCAGGAAUUCCAAGGCUGCCUCCGUGCAGUCCCAGGGCGGCACAUGGUUUGUAGGCCCAUAA